GCACAGCUGGGCAGCCAGCCGUCAGAGCCCGAGCAGCGCUCCGCGGAAGGAAGAGCGAGCGAGAGAGAGAGAGAGAGAGAGAGAGAGAGAGAGAGAUUGACAGGAAGGGGUGGAAAGGACACUCCACGCUGAACACCCGCCCGGGGACCCGCUUCGGGGCCAGGCAGGGAGGCGACCCUCCGAACCCAGGGUGAAACCUUCAGGAAUCCACCGAGGAUCUAUAUUUUGCUUUCUCUCCAGCGCUUGGAAUACUUUUGCACCCAUGAUUGCGACCGCCCUGUAAGGAUGAAGCUCCGUUGCCUCUUGCUGGGAACCCUUUGGCUUUGCGCCCGUGGCUUCGCCAGUGCCUCUGAGCGCUGCGAUGACUGGGGAGUGGACACCAUGAAGCACAAGCCGGUCUACAAUGGGGAGCCAGCCAGGAUCAAGUGCCCACUCUUUGAGGCCUUCCUGAAGUACAACUACAGCACUGCCCACUCGGCCGGAUUGACCCUCAUCUGGUACUGGAUCGGGCGAGGGCAGGACCUGGAGGAGCCCAUCAACUUCCGCCUCCCAGACAACCACAUCAGCAAGGAGAAGGACACCCUCUGGUUCCGCCCUGCGCUCCUCAACGACACCGGGAACUACACCUGCAUGCUCAGGAACACCACGUACUGCAGUAAAGUCGCUUUCCCCCUGGAAGUGGUGAACAAAGACCCCGGGUCCUGCGUCAGCCAAGCCGUGAAGCCUGAGGAAGUCCUCCUGUACUUGAGCUACACCAACAUCAACCUCACCUGCCCAGACGUGGAAGGAUUUUCUCCGGCCAACGUCCAGCCAAAGUUCAACUGGUUUAUGAACUGCAAUCUGGUGCACAACUUCUAUGAGCGAAGGACCCACGGCAUCAACCUCACCUUCAUCAUCGUCCGCGAGAUGUAUGCGGCCGACUACAGCUGCGUUGCGACUUAUCGGGAGAAUGGGCGGGAUUUCAACCUCACCAGGACCUUCAGGGUGAAGGUGGUAGCUGCUCCGUACCGUUCCACGGUUCCUCAGAUUAUCACUCCAGACAGCCGGGUCAUCUAUGAAUUCAAGCCAGGUGUAGACAUGAGCCUCGUCUGCGAGGUCCAUUUCACCUUCCUGAAGGACUCCCCGCAGGAGGUCUGGUGGACCAUCGAUGGAAGGACCACCGAUGAAGUCACCGACCUCAAGUUCAACGUCUCCCACACGGAGGAGCCAUUAACGGUUGGGGAUGUGAAGGUGACGAAGACCUUGUUUGUGUCGAAAGUGACAGAGAAGGACCUGAGGCGCAACUACACCUGUUUCGCCCACAACAAUAAUGGCACUUCUCAGAUGCAGGCUCUGGUGAGGAUGAAAGCUGUGGUCCCACGGUACACGUUGGAGCUGGCCUGUGGCCUGGGAGCCACUGUCCUGCUGGUGGUGGCCCUGACGGUCAUCUACCACGCCUACUGGCUGGAACUGGUCCUCUUCUACCGGGCCCACUUUGGGACGGAUGAAACCAUCCUAGACGGGAAGGAGUAUGACAUUUACGUCUCCUACGCCAGGAACGCCGAGGAGGAAGAGUUUGUGCUCCUGACGCUGCGCGGGGUCCUGGAGAACGAGUUCGGGUACAAGCUGUGCAUCUUUGACAGAGACAGCCUCCCCGGGGGAAAUAUCACGGAGGCCAUCUUCGACUUCAUCCAGCGGAGCCGCAAGAUGGUGGUGGUGCUGAGCCCGGACUACUUGCUGGAGAAGAGCGUCAGCAUGCUGGAGUUCAAGCUGGGCCUGCUGUGCCAGAACCACAUUGCCACUCGGCUGGUGGUGGUGGAGUACCGCCCACUCCAGCGCUCCCACCCCAACGUCCAGCAGCUGCGGGAGUCGGUGCCCUUCGUGGCCUGGAAGGGGGAGCGCUCCAAGCGGCCGGGAUCUAAGUUCUGGAAGGCCUUGCGCCUGGCCUUGCCACUGCGCAGCCUGAGUGCCGUGGCGGGGGCCACCUGGAACGAGAGCUGCUCCUCCCAUUCGGACAUCAGCCCGGACCACGUCCAGAAGAAGAAGGGCCGCUUGAAAGGGCCCUCCGCCGCUGCCGGUCCACCACCCCAGCCUCAGGGUCCCGCCAUCCCCGUCCAAAGAGGGGUGGCCCCGUUGCCCAGGCUCAAAGUCAAGGACCAUGGCAAGCCUUUCCUGGCCUGUCGCUGCUGCGUGGCCUAUUGCAACGAGAACCACCACAAACUGAGUGGCCAUGGCCAGACCGUGGCCAAGGCCAAGCGGGAGACGCAGUUCUCCAGGCCGCUGGCCGGAAACUUAGCAGGGCGAAGAGUCUCCAACGGCGAGAAGCAGCCACCUCCAUCCUCGCAGCCGCCUGAACUCGGCCUCCGCCAUUACGCUGACUUGUCCAACAACAACGACUUCUAUGUCCUCUAGCCAGUGCUUGGAAUAUAAGUAUUGAAAUGCAACUCAGUCCCUGCGUUCAGGGAAAAAGGAAAGAGAGUUUGCCUCUGGUCAAGGGAAACCUUUGGGGGCUAAGGGAACCCGUAGAGUCAUGGACUGGCACCCAAAGGUGCCCAAAGAGCUCUCCAAAGGUAUUCGGAGCAUCCCCUCCCUUCUUAAAAAGGUCUGCAAAUGGAAAAUAUUUCCUAUCCUCUUUUAUGUCCUCCAACCAGUGGCUGGAAUAUAAGUAUGGAAAUAGGUUUCCAUCCCUAGAGUCAGAAGGCACAUUGACACUGGCCACUUAAGUCGGGUUCAGAACCAGUUUGACCUAAGAUGUGCAAACAAUUGUCAGAGAGACAUUGGGGGCCAGGGAGGAGAUGACAAUGACCAGAGAAAGGUGUCCUCAAACCAGUUUGAGAAUCUACCAUAUCCACAUGAUGACUGCCAAAAGAUGCAGGAAUUUCCCCCCACGUUCUGGAGGAUUCCAAGCAGAGAUUGUAUGGCCAUCUGUCAGGAGGGCUUUGAUGGUGUCUCCCUGUGUGGCAGAAUAGGGAUGCCUCUGAGCCUCUUCCAACUCUAAGGUUUUAUUGCUGGAUCUACAUGGCCAAAUAAUGCACUUUAAGCUGCAUUAUAUAGCUCAAAAUGACUAUACAAUGCACUUCAAACUGCAUUAUUUGGCCGUGUAGAUGGAGCCUAUGUCCUAGAUGGCUCUGAGCCUCUUCCAACUCAUUGGGCUGGAUCUACAUGGCCAAAUAAUGCACUUCAAGCUGCACUAUAUAGCUUGAACUGACUAUAUAAUGAACUUCAAUGGCAUUAUUUGGCAGCGUAGAUGGAGUCUGGACAGGUGCUGGCAAAUGUAGUUUUCCUCCCCAUUUCCUGGCAGAUCCACACCAACUCUUUGGAGGCAUUGAAGUGGGAAGUGAACAUUACGAGUGGAGCUAAACCCAUUAGCUGUCCCAAGGGUCAGUUGGUCACCAGCUGCCCAGCCAUGCCUUUGAGCCAUGUUUUGGCAGAGUUCUACCAAGUGCUUAGGUGCAUUGGAUGUUCUACAAGGGUUGAAUGAAAAGUAAUGCCUCCACCUUGGUAACUCCUCAACAGAUGGCAGUCCUGGUCUGUGGCAGGUCCUGGCUUGUUCAAUGGACUCUCCUCUAUAGUUCCAUUUGGCGGGAAGCCUUAGCAUUGAACGGCUGUGUUGUUAAGGUGUGAAGUAUGGAACCCUGUGCAGACGGGGAAGCCUUAGCAUUGGACGGUUGUGUUGUUAAAGUGUGGAGUAUGGAACCCUGAGCAGAUGGGGAAGCCUUAGCAUUGAACGGUUGUGUUGUUAAGGUGCGAAGUAUGGAACCCUGUGCAGACGGAGAAGCCUUAGCAUUGAACGGUUGUGUUGUUAAAGUGCGAAGUAUGGAACCCUGCGCAGACGGUCGGUCAAUGCGACUUAAGCAAUGUGCAGUCACUGAAUUCUUGAGAACAGAAGGUGUCACCCCAAAGGAGAAAGGCAUCACCUUCAUUCUCAUAAUGCAAGAGGAGGUCCUGGCAAAUUUCAAGUCUGUGCGCUUUCAUUUCAGGCAUCAGCAUCCUGGGUAUCUAUCAUGCACAGAUCUUUCAAUAGCCAAGAAAGCAAUGAUAUGACCCACAUGUUCUUGUGAAAUGCCGAUGAUGCUUGAAAUUUCUCUCUGAGUGAUACGACGACUGUCCUGAAUCAAUCUGUCAACCUUUUGCUUGUGAAAUUCGGCGGUUGCUGUCACAGGACUUCCGACUCUUUGUUUGUCAUGCAAGUCAGAUGUUCCCACCUCAACAUCUUUAAACUUACUCACCCAACGACGCACAAAACUCACAUCAACACAAUCCCCAUAAACAGUUUGCAUUCUCUGAUGAAUCUCCUUUGGGGUGACACCUUCGCACUUUAACAACACAACUGUUCAAUGCUAAGGCUUCCCCGUCUGUGCAGGGUUCCAUGCUUCACACUUUAACAACACAAUUGUUCAAUGCUAAGGCUUCCCCGUCUGUGCAGGGUUCCAUAAUUCGUGCUUUAACAACACAACGGUUCAAUGCUAAGGCUUCCCCGUCUGCUCAGGGUUCCAUACUUUGCACUUUAACAACACAACCGUUCAAUGCUAAGGCUUCCCGCCAAAUGGAACUGGCAUUGGAGUUUUGUGUAUGGGCGAGAGACCAAUGGGAAGGCAACUUGGAGCACAUCUCCAUUGUUGAGCUAAUGCAGUUUGACACCACUUUUUAACUGCCAUGCCUCACUGUUGGGAGUUGUAGUUUGGUGAGAUGUGUCACCAUUCUUUGACAGAGAAGGCCAAAGGCUUUGCAAAACUACAACUCCCAGGAUUUCAUAGCAUCGAAUGAAGGCAGUGAAAGUGCUAAAUUGGAUUAAUUCCACAGUAUAGAUGCUCCUUUGGUCAGCAGUAACAAAAGACAGUGGAGAGGACAUGCAUGCUAUUGCUUUCCAGAGGCUUUGGACUACAACUCCCAUCAAUCCUGGCUUGGCAAUGGUUGAGAAAGUUGUAUUCCAAAACAGUUCAAUGCAGGAAGGAACAUACUUCUGCAACAAUCUAUGGGGGUGCAUCUGCACUAUAAAACCAAUAUAGUGUGAUACCAUUUCAACUGCUAUGGCAUGAUGCUAUCAAAUUUUUGGGAGAUGUAGUUGCCUAAGGGCUUUAGCCUUCCCUGCCAAAGAGCAGCAAACUAUAACUCCCAUAACUCCAUAGCAGUUCAAGUGGUGUCAAACUGCAUUCCUUGUACAGUGCAGACACAGCCUGUGUUUCUUUUACAUCUUAAAUCUGGAGCGGGUUUUCCUGGGAUAGUCAAGGGCUCAAGUCAAAGCAGCAAAAAAAAAAAAAAAAAAAAGGUUAUAAGUUGCUGAUGAAAAAAAUAAUAAUGUACAAAUUCCAAUUUAAUGAUACAUUCUGGAUUUUUUUUUUUUCCGGAGGAACUUUGAUGCAAAUUAAGGUAUUUCAUUUGGAAAACUUGGUGACUUUUGUGUUGGCAGGGCUGUCAUAUUAAAAGGCAUUUUGGUAAAAUAAUUUUCAAACGUCUUUCAAACGACUUUCCUAAAUAGAUGAGUUUUCGAAGAUGGAGAAAAAAAAACCUGGCAAGAUGUCUAGAACAAUGUGGUUUAGAAUUAAAGGAUUUUCUUUCAUUUCCAGGAAAGCUUUCCAAACCUCUGUGUUUUCGCGCGUGGUUAAUUAUUGCCCAUUUCUCCAAUCCGUUUCUUUUCUGUAUUUUGAUUUCUUGGCGACAGCAGCAAAGCCCCAGGAUUCCUUUGCAUUGAACCAUGGCAAGUUAACUGAGGGAGCCCCCAGUGGUGCAGUGGGUUUAACCUUUGUGCUGGCAGGACUGCUGACCUGAAGGUUGAGAUUGAAGACUGGAAAGCUGUUCCUCAGCCAAGCUCAUUUUAUGCUGAAGUCCAACACCUUCAUAACAUCAGUUUGAAAACCAAAGGUCUGCUCUGCUCUUCCCUGCUCUGAUGCUCUCUGCUAGUUUGAACUACAACUCCCAGUGCAACAGACCUGAAGGAACUGAGGAAGACCACUGUGAGUCGCGGCUAAAUUGAAAUGAGUCUAAAUGAAGGGAAGAUACAGUCCCACUCUCUUCUUUCUUUGUCAGGUCUCACCUGGAAUACCGUAUAUACUCGAAGAUAAGCCGAGUUUUUCAGCCCUUUUUUUUGAGCUGAAAAAGCCUCCCUCGGCUUAUAAUGGGGUCAAGGUCAAGAACCUGGAGGCGAUUGCUUGCAAUAUAUGAUAUAUUUCUCUCUUA